AUGUCGAUAGUCUACAAUAAAACACCAUUAUUACGUCAAUUCUUCCCCGGAAAGGCUUCUGCACAAUUUUUCUUGAAAUAUGAAUGCCUUCAACCAAGUGGCUCCUUCAAAAGUAGAGGAAUCGGUAAUCUCAUCAUGAAAAGUGCCAUUCGAAUUCAAAAGGACGGUAAAAGAUCUCCUCAGGUUUUCGCUAGUUCUGGCGGUAAUGCCGGUUUUGCUGCUGCAACAGCAUGUCAAAGACUGUCUCUACCAUGUACAGUCGUGGUUCCUACAGCGACAAAGAAGAGAAUGGUAGAUAAAAUCAGGAACACCGGUGCCCAGGUUAUCGUGAGUGGUGCCUACUGGAAAGAAGCAGAUACUUUUUUAAAAACAAAUGUCAUGAAUAAAAUAGACUCUCAGGUCAUUGAGCCCAUUUAUGUUCAUCCCUUCGAUAAUCCGGAUAUUUGGGAAGGACAUUCAUCUAUGAUAGAUGAAAUAGUACAAGAUUUGAAAUCGCAACAUAUUUCCGUGAAUAAGGUUAAAGGCAUAGUAUGCAGCGUUGGUGGAGGUGGUUUAUACAAUGGUAUUAUUCAAGGUUUGGAAAGGUAUGGUUUAGCUGAUAGGAUCCCUAUUGUGGGGGUGGAAACGAAUGGAUGUCAUGUUUUCAAUACUUCUUUGAAAAUAGGCCAACCAGUUCAAUUCAAGAAGAUAACAAGUAUUGCUACUUCUCUAGGAACGGCCGUGAUCUCUAAUCAAACUUUCGAAUACGCUCGCAAAUACAACACCAGAUCCGUUGUAAUAGAGGACAAAGAUGUUAUUGAAACCUGUCUUAAAUAUACACAUCAAUUCAAUAUGGUGAUUGAACCGGCAUGUGGCGCCGCAUUGCAUUUGGGUUACAACACUAAGAUCCUAGAAAAUGCACUGGGCUCAAAAUUAGCUGCGGAUGACAUUGUGAUAAUUAUUGCUUGUGGCGGCUCCUCUAAUACUAUAAAGGACUUGGAAGAAGCGUUGGAUAGCAUGAGAAAAAAAGACACUCCUGUAAUAGAAGUCGCUGACAAUUUCAUAUUUCCAGAAAAAAAUAUUGUGAAUUUAAAAAGUGCUUGA